ACUUUCGCCACAGCGCUAUUGUUGUUUACAAGGCGCUUGCGAUAGAAGUUCACGUAGCUCUGUGAGGAUGGAGUUCAUACGAGUUGCGCGUGUUGACGAUGUCGUACUGCACAAGCGUGGACAGAUGAUCCACGGGUCUCUACACCUGACAACACACCACCUUAUCUUUACUGUUUUGAGCCCAAAGCCCAAUGAGCUGCGGGAGCUGUGGCUGUGCUAUCCAAUGAUCAGCUCUGUGGAGUGUUCCAAGGGCAUUGCGCAGUUGCCCAAGUUGCACAAUGCUCGGGGUGAGGAGUUGAACCUGUUCAAAGUUUCCACCAUCAAGAUCAAUUGCAAGGACUUCCAGUUCUUGUCGUUUGACUUUGUCAACGAGCAGGAGUGUACGGAUGUAUUUGAUUCGAUCAUGAAGCUGACCUGUUUGACCGAUACAACACAGCUCUAUGCGUUCAUAUACCAGCCGAAUCCGAUUGAAAAGUCGUUUGACUCCUGGAACAUCUACAACCCAAUAUCGGAGUUUGAGAGACAAGGUCUGAACUUCAACCAUACCACACAAGGCUCGUCAUCGAGCUGGAGAGCGUCAAGUAUCAAUUCGAACUUCAAGUUCUGUGAUACCUAUCCCCAGACUCUUAUAGUUCCAAAGACCAUAUCUGAUAACGUGCUGAUCCACGCCUCAAGGUUCCGGUCGAAAAACAGGAUCCCAGCACUGUCUUACUAUAACAAGACCAAUGGAUGUACCAUAACUAGGUGCUCGCAACCGUUGGUUGGUUUAAAACAGUCUAGGUCCAUCCAAGACGAGAAAUUGGUUGACGAGAUCUUUAGAUCUAGUGAUAACUCAGAUACCAAAGUCAACAUCCUUGUGGAUGCAAGACCCUUAACCAAUGCGAUGGCACAGUUUGCCUUAGGCGGAGGCUCUGAAAAUAUGGAUUAUUACAAGAAAUCUGAAAAGGUAUAUCUCGGUAUAGAUAACAUCCACGUGAUGAGGGAUUCUUUAACACAGAUGUGUGAAUGUUUAGAAAAUGUUGAUGUCAGCUCCAAACUGAACAGGCAAGACCUGAACAGAUCCCAAUGGCUGAAAUUUCUGACCUUGUUGUUGAGCAGCACUGAGAAAUUGGUGAAGUCGUUUGCCUUGAACCAUUCUAACAUUUUGAUACACUGUUCUGACGGAUGGGAUAGAACUGCACAGGUGAGUUCCCUCAUACAAGUGUGUGUUGAUCCAUAUUUCAGAACCAUUGAUGGAUUCAUCACAAUAGUCGAAAAGGAAUGGAUCUCAUUUGGUCAUAGAUUUAACGAAAGAUGUGGACAUCUAAGCUCUGAGAGCAUCUUCAGAUCUCAAUUAGAUGAGAGCAACAAUGCCUUGAAGACCAUGUCCACGAGGUUUAGAAGGAAAAGAGCCCUGAAAUUCACAUCCCCAGUCUUCCAGCAGUUUGUUGAUUGUAUAUACCAACUACUUCUCCAGUAUCCAAGCGAGUUUCAGUUCAACGAGAGGUUCUUGCGAAGACUAAUCUACCACCUCUACUCGUGUCAAUAUGGAAACUUCCUCCACGACAACGAACGAGAAAGAUUCACCACCCAGGUGAGAUUAAAGACUAGAAGCGUCUGGGAUUAUUUCCUUUCGAGAAGAGAUGAGUUUUCAAACAAGUCAUUCGAGCCCAAGGAGGCGUUGAUAAUCCCAAACUACAACAAAGUGAAAUGGUGGUGGCAGCUCUACGGUAGGAGUGACGAUGAAAUGAAUGGAACCGUCGUGAGCUCGCAAAAGGGGAACAAUGCCGUUGCUAACGGGAAUACAGGUGACACCUACAACGAUUCAUCUGAGGACAAAUCUCUCAUAGUUGAGAACAAGUUCCAAGAGAUGAGUGUUUCAUGA